UUGUUUAUUUAUUUAUAUAUUACUGGGGUGACUGCUAAGUUUAAAGCAGGGUUAAAAUGGACUCUGAACUGCUGAUUGGCUGGGAAGCAGAAAGGGUGGAGUUGAGGGCAGAGUUAUCGAGGCUGGAGGAGGAGCUUGCUGAGAGUAGGGCGGAAACAGACGAAUUUCGAUCCCGAACAAAUGCGCUUACUGAACGGCUUUCUCAGACUUUAAACACAUCAGUUCCUGUUGGGUGGGAGGUUGAGCAGAGAGAAUGGAGGAGAAAACUAAGAGAAGGAAAAGAGAGAGAAGCCCGGCAGGCUCUGCUCAUCCACAAACUGCAGCAAAAGGUGAUGGACUACAGGAGUCGUUGUGAGACUUUGCAGCAGCGGGCGAUGACAGAGGAAAAAGAAAUAAUGAUAAGAGAGAGACUAUUGCGAGAUGAACGCAGUGAUAAUCUGGAGACCUCUCUUAUCCGGCUGGAGGAAGAGCAACAAAGGAACGUAACAUUGGUGGAAGUCAACUCUCUAUUACGAAGUCAGCUUAGCCAAUCAGGAGAAGCCAAUCAAGCUCUGCAGGAAGACUUAAAGAAGCUGACGUCUGAUUGGUCCAGAGCAGUGGAGGAGGCAGACCAAAAAGAGAUGGAUUGGAAUAAGGAGAAGGAGGUUCUCACAGGCUAUUUAUCAGCAGAACAUUCAAGAUUAAUGUCGCUUUGGAGCGGGACGGUUGCUCUUAAACGCCAAUGUCAUGCUGUCAAAACUGCAACAGACAAGGACCUGUGGGAGAUAAGGGCGGAGUUCUCUCGUCUAUCGUCUACAUUUCUCUCCUUGAAUGUUCCUCCAGUUCCCCCUACUUCCACUCUUUCUGCUCCUGCACCUCCUCUCUCCUCUACUGUUGGACCGAUGACUAUAGAUGAGUUGGACCAUGAUAUUUACACCAAAAAGCUGACUGACAGGAUUGAUGAGUUGACAGUGAUGAUAAAAUCUCAGGAGUUUGAACGACAGAAACAUGAAGAGGAACUUGAUAGGAGGAACAGAGAAGAAGAAAGAGAGCAUGAGAAACUUCAGGAGAAACACAGAGCCAUGGAGAGAGACAUGGAAUCAGUUACACACGCUCUUAUGAAACUGCAGAGGGUUUUGAGCUCACAGAGGCUGGAAGGACACACCAGAUCCAGAGUUUUUUCAGCUCCUGGUGCUUUUACUGAUGAUUUGCACGCUCUACUGACCAUUAUCGCUCAGGCUGAGACUGCCAUCCAAUGGAAACACCAAGAACUGCAGGAAGCUGAGGGACAUUGGCACAGGUCAAGAGCGGAAGCAGAACUACUGCAGCAGCAAAUCAGAGAGCUUGAAAGCGAGAGGGUGGAUUUACAGAAACAAGCUGAUCAGGAAUUGUUGGAGCUGAAACGAAUACAGAGUCUGCUGAGCAGUGAAAAGGAAAUGGUUCUUAGUUUAAAGAAGCAACUGGAUGAAUCAGAGCAGCGAGGUGAAGAUCUGAAGAAAGAAAAUUCACGACUGAUACAGCUGAGAGAGAAAGAAGAGGAGCAGAGGAAUGAAUUGGAGAGAGAGAGACAGAGACGUGUGGAGGCAGAGCUUGUGGAAAGUGCCCAGUUGUGCGAGCGAGAGAGCCGGAGUCGUUUAGAGGUGCACAGCCUGCGGGGGGCACUGGAGCAAGAAAGACUGGAGAAAGCCAGAGCAGAAAAAGAGGCAGCGGACACCAGAGAAGCUUUGAUAAAGGCCCGGGAGUCUUUGCUGUCUCUUUCGUCCACACAUACUCUGCUGAAGAGAGAAGCUGCAGACACUCGGGAUUCUCUGGAGAAAAUGACCGCUUUAAAUGAGUCUUUGAUCCGGGAUAAAAGAGAGUGUAAUGCACAAAUUAUUAAGCUGGAGGAAGAAGCGGCUGAGUCUGAGGUGCAGCUUCAGCGUUUAAGAGCAGACCUAGCGUCUUUACACAGGGAGCUGAACACUGUCUCAGAAGAAAAUGCAGAGUUAAGGGCUUGUAGAGUUGUAGAUCUGGACUCACUUCAUCAGCUGAAAGAUGGGGAAAGAGAAAUGGAGAGAGAGCUGCACAUGCUAAGUGAGGAGAGAGAAAGUCUUACUGCUGCUUUUACCGAUGAGAAACAGAGAAAUCAACAGCUGUCUGAUCUGUACAGCAGUGUGUGUGAGGAGCUGCACACUGUGAGAACGAAGCUUGAUAAAGCAGUAGAGCAGAAGCAGAAAGAGGUGAGAAUGAUGCAAGAACUGCAGAGAGAAAAACAGAGACUGGAGAUUGUAGUGCUCACUACAGAGCAAGAACGAGAAGAAGUCAUACAGGACAGAGAUGAAAUCAGGAACCUGAGUGUGGCUCUGCAGCAGCAGCUUUGCUUGAGUAAAGAACAGAUUUCUGUACUGGAGGUUCAACACACACAAGUCCAAAUGCAGGUUCAUGCACUCCAGCAGGCCAAAGAUGUUAUACAAGGUGAGAUAAAGUGUCUUCAGUCUGAGCUGGAAAGAACCUCAAAUCUACUAGAGGAUGAGAAAUCAAGAGCUAGUGAAGAAAGGCUACUCUAUAAAAGAGACGUUGAAAGCUUUCAGUUAGAGAUUAAGAGGCUGAAGACAGAAGCUGAACAAAUGUCAGAAAGACAUAAAAUGCAAGAUGAUGAGAAAAGAGAAACAUGGCAGAGAGAACGGGAGUCUCUAAACCAGGAGCUGGGGCUGAAAGAUGGUGAAAUCAGGGCUCUCAGAAACAGGAUGGAUGGACUAGCCAAGGAAAAUGAAGAGCUGUCAAUCCUGAUGGGUGAAAAAAUUGCAGAUGUGGAGAGCCUGUCUUCCAAAGUCAGGAGUUUGGAGUCACAAAUCCGUGAGUCCAAGGAUGAAUUUGAGAAAUGUAAGGAACAUUUAAAGGACGUUCAGAAUGAGAAGGACAGACUUUUGGAACAAGUGACACAAGAACAAGAAGAUCUGAAUAACAAUGAAAGAGAGAAAUCAGAGCUUGUUGAUCUUUUGAGAGUAAGAGAUAAAGAGAUUAAAAACAGUCAUAAACACAUCCAGGAACUGACAGAAAAAGUGAAACUGCAGGAUGGACUGCUAGAAAAACUCAGACAGGAGCUGAGGAAUAAAGAGAUUGAAGCAGAUGCACAAGUGGAGGAAGUAGAGCGAAGCGCAAACAUGAGGGUGAUCGAGGAAAGAGAAAAAGAAAGAAAGCUACAGGAAGAGCUCACAAAGAAAGAAAUAGAAUUAGAUGGCCUCAGGUGCAACCUGGAAGAAUUGGUAAAAGAAAAGAACCACAUGGUGUAUCUGCUGCAGGAAAAAGAUAAUAAUCUGGAGAACCUGAAGCGAAUUGAUGCUGAGAUGAAAGAUCAGGUAGAGUGGUGGAAAAAGAAGACUGAAGACGUGGAGAUAGAAAAGGAAGUGCUUACAGAAAGGGUGGACAGCCUAGUUUCUGUCAAACAAGAGAGGGACAGCCUAGCUGAAUUGUUGCGAGAAGUAAAGGAAGAGAUAAACCAGCUAAAGGAAAGAGAUCAAAACAGGGUUCAAAAUCAAGAAAGAUUGAAGGAACAGCUCAGAGAACUAGAGACAGAGGUAGAAGAUUGCAGAAAUACAAUUGAGAAAUUAACACAAGAAAAAAUUGAGCAAGAACAGAAAUGCAAAAUGCAUCUGGAGCAAAUGGAGGAACGAGAGCAGAAGAUGAAGGUAGAGAUCAGUGAGCUGCAUGGAGUAAACAUGGACCUGAAAAGAAAGGUUCUACAGCAAGAAGAACAUCUUCAAACCCAAAUUAUUAUUUUUAAAGAGAAAAAGACAGAGUUAAACAGACUGAAAGAAACCUUUGAGCAACAAGACAGAGAUGUAAAGGAAGAACUGAGAAGAUUAAAGCAAGAGCUAAAAGACGCUGAGACAGACCAUGAGACAGAAAAAGCUCUCCGGGAAGACAGUGACCAUAGACUUCAGCUGGCAAGGACCAAAGCUGAUCAAGAGGAAGAAAAGGUAAAAGAGCUGGAAGAACUGAACAAAAGAUCGACCAAAGAUGCAGAGGUCUUAAGAGAAAAACUUGAUAGUAGGUCAAAAGAAUUGGAAGCAGAAGUUAGGAUGCUAAAUCUAAGAGAGGAGGACAUGGAGGAUGAAAAACGACAAUUAAAACAGUCUCUUGAAGAAGGAACAUGGAAGAGGGAGCAACUGCAAAAUGAACUAAAAAAACAUGUGGAAGAGAUCAAUCAUCUGAAAGAAAAAGAUCAAGAGAGGGUUCAAGAUAAAAAACAAAUUGGAGAACGUGUCAGAGGACUGGAGGGAGAGGUAGAAGAUUGCAGGAGCACGAUCGAGAGCACAGUCAAAGAGAAAAAUGAACUAGAGCAGAAAUGGAAAAUGUUGCAAGAGCAAUUGGAGGAACGAGAACAGAAGAUGAAGGUAGAGAUCAGUGAGCUGGCUGAACUGAACACUCAGAUUAAAAGAAAGGUGCUUGUGCAGGAAGAACAACUCCAGACUCAGACUAUUCUUCUGAAAGAGAAAGAGAUGGAGGUACAAAGACUGAAUGAAACAUUAGAACAAAACGACAAAGAGACAAAGGAGAACGUAAGAAGAAUUAAAGAAAUGCUGAAGGCUGAGAUCCAUGAAAAAGAGAGAACUCUCCAAAACGACUGUGAUCAAAGACUCCAACUGGCAAUGGCCAGAGUCGAUCAAGAGGAAGGAAAGGUAAAAGAACUGGAAGAUGAAAACAAAAAAUUGACAGAUGAGUUGAGAGGAAGACUUGAAGAGCAGUCAAGGGAAUUGGAAAGAAAAUCCAAGCUGUAUCAAGAAACCAGUGAAAAGGUCCAGUUGUUAAAACUGAGAUUGGAAAACAUGGAAGAGGAACAGCAGCAAUUAAAGAUGUCUCUUCAGGAAAGGAAGCAACAAAAAGAUCGACUGGAGAUGGAACUUAAAAAUAGCAGAGAAGAUGAAGCAAAGUCGAGAUCAGAGCUUAAACAACAAAUUCAAGGUCUGCAAAAUUAUCUAAAAAGGAAAGAAGGGGAAAUCAUUUUACUGAAUGAAAGAAUUGAUGGCAUCGUAAAGCAGAAUGAGCAGGAGCUGAAAGAAUUGAAGGAAAACAAUGAAGAGUUGGAAACAGAGGUAGCAAAGUUGAAAGAAGAAGUUAUGGUACUUUCUAUAAGCAAAGAGAAGACAAAAACUCUGGUAAAGGAGCGAGAUGAAGAGAAUAAAAAAAUAAAAGAAGGAUUGAAAGCUGGCUUGGAAGAGAUGGUCUGUUUAAAGGAGCUUCUAGAGGAGAGCCAUCGCGAAGGUGAAAUACUUAGAAAGAUCUUAGAGGAAAAGAAGAAUGAGAUGGUAAAGGGCAGACGGGAGGAAAUCCAAGCAGCUUGGAAAGAAGCAAACGAGCUACACCUCCGAGUUCAGAUCCUGCAAGUGGAAAAUGAAGAACUUAAAACACAGCUGCAGAUCCAGCUGCAAAAAGAGCAAACAGCAAUGCAGAAGAACCGUGAAAUUGAAGAGAAAUUGGAACUGAAUGUGCAGAACCUAAAAAAGCUAGAGGAAGAUCUAGAAGUAAAAAAUAAAAAACGUAUUAACAAGGAGCUGAGAGAAAAGGAGCAGGACAUUAACACCAUUGAAAGGACAAUAGACAAGGACAAGAGUAGCUUCAGACUUCUCCAAGAGGAACAUGUAGAAAAGAACCAUGAGAAUGAUGGAGUGAAUGCAGUGAUGAAGUUUGUUGAGAGUGUUAAGGAAAUCAGAUUUGCUACAGAAGAACACCACAAAAAGGAAUCAGAUAAAGUAGAUAAAGCCAAAAAGCUCUUAGAGGAACGUCUUGAUGAGGCAAAUAAUAAAACACAAGUUUUAAAAAGACAGACAGACAUAAACAAACCAGAAGAUCUGGAGAAAGUUAACAGACUUCUGAAUAUCCAGAAUCAUGAAAUGAGGGCUUAUCAAAGACAGACUCUAACAGAUGAGAUGGAUACAUCACAAGCAUCCGUUCUUCUCUGGAAAGACACCAGCAGACGUCUGACAGAGAAGGAAGUAGAAGUGUAUGGUUUGAGAGAGGAAGUAGUGGAGCUGGGAAAAGACAGAGACCGCUUUAAAUCAGCACUAGAGAAAAAUGAGGAGAUGCUAAUUCACUAUAAAGAGAAACUUCAGCAGCUGGAGAACCACAAAGUCAAGGAGGUGGAGAGCAAUCAUGUAGAGAUUUGGGAUACAGAUACACCUUUACAGAGGCGGGUGGUGACCCUGCAAAGAGCUGUAGCAGAGCUGGAGCUUCAGAUCAAGAAACUACAGCAGAGAAAUGAACGACUGGAACAGCGCAUUGACAAGUUGAGAGAACAGAAAAAGAACCUAAAGGACACAUUAAAACAGGUUGAAUUAGAGAGAGAGAAACUGAGACGGCAGCAUUCACCGUCAUCGCUGGAUGCUGGACUACAGGAUUUCAGUGGUCCAGCUGGAGCUGAUGAGCUGACGCGUUUGAGGGCUCAAGCAAGUGAGCUGACCGAACAGGUUCACCAUUUGCGUCUGAUGCUGGCUGCAGAUCAUCAGGAACGAGCUGACUUUAUUGAUCGCUCCAUGAGGAACAGUGAAUCACUGCAGACUCUCAGGCAGGACCUGAAUGACUCUCUGGAAUUGGUGUCUAGACAGCUUGUCCCUCCGGUUCUGAAGUCAGAAACACAAAGACUGGACAGAAGCAUUAGGGAGGAACAACUCAGGCUUUCUGUUAGCCAAAACUAAUAUGAGAGGAUUCUUAAAAAUGUAACUUUUUAAAAAAGGAGACAAGGUCAGUAUUGUUGUACAGAAAAUUGGGAUAUUUAGGUAAAUUUUGGACUCUGUGGCUGCUCCAGGCUUUAAAAGCAGAAAGGGGCAAAGGAAGGGCAUGCGUUCAUGUGUGUUUGAGGUGGGACUUUAUGUGAAACACUGGAUGAAGUGACGGCGUACAUUUGUUUAAUGGCUGAGCCCCAGCUUAACAGUUUUCAUAAUAACUACUGAAACCCCCUUUGUAAUGGGCAUUGCUAACAAGUAACCUGUACUGAACUUCUAUCAGAUACAUGUGUUAUAUGGCUUGGAUUUCUGGACCCAAUAUUCCAAUUUUUAUUUUAGAGAAAAGCAAUCCACUUUUAGUAAUUGAUUUUGGUACAUGGUUGUAUUUAUUCACUAUGUAUUUAUGAUACAUUUGUGUUUAUUGUUCUAAUUUUUAUUUACAACUGACUGUUUACAAGACAGCCCGGGUGGAUGUCGUGGUUGCAGUAAGGGUAGCGAGUGCAGGGAAUUUGAGAUGAUAUUCGCAUAACAGUAGUUGUAGAAAAAGAUGCUCCAUGCACAUUUUCAUUAGUCAGAAAUGCUGUGGUGUAGCUUGUGCCUGUCAGGAUGCCAAACCUUUAAAUUUAUAGCCCAAUUAAAGUCCAUUUCUUUUUAA